UUAUUUUCUCAGUGCUAUUCUUGGCUGCCUUGGGAAGCUGUGCAGAUGACAGAAGCCCCCUAGAAGAAUGCUUCAAAGAAGAUGAUUAUGAAGAAUUUCUAGAGAUCGCCAGAAAUGGUCUGAAACAGACAUCAAAUCCAAAACAUGUUGUGGUUGUAGGUGCAGGAAUGGCUGGGCUUAGUGCAGCCUACGUUCUUGCAGGGGCUGGACAUAAGGUGACGGUUCUUGAAGCUAGUGAACGUGUGGGAGGACGAGUGACCACUUAUCGAAAUGACAUAGAAGGCUGGUAUGUCAAUCUGGGACCCAUGCGUCUCCCUGAGAGACACAGAAUUAUCCGGGAAUAUAUCAGAAAGUUUGGUCUCCGGUUGAACGAAUUUUUUCAGGAAAAUGAGAAUGCCUGGUAUUUUAUUAAAAACAUCAGGAAGAGAGUAUGGGAAGUGAAAAAAGACCCCAGCGUCUUCAAAUAUCCUGUGAAGCCCUCAGAAGAAGGCAAAUCUGCUUCACAGCUAUAUCGAGAGUCCCUCAAAAAGGUUAUAGAAGAAUUGAAAAGGACUAACUGCAGCUACAUAAUGAAUAAAUAUGACACCUACUCAACAAAGGAGUAUCUAAUUAAAGAAGGAAAUCUGAGCCGCGGAGCUGUAGAUAUGAUUGGAGACUUACUGAAUGAAGAUUCUGGCUAUUACAUAUCUUUUAUUGAGAGCCUGAAAAGCGAUGAUAUCUUCUCUAAUGAAAAAAGAUUUGAUGAAAUUAUUGGUGGAUUUGAUCAGUUGCCUAUAUCCAUGUAUAAAACCAUUGCGGGAAGUGUGCAUCUCAAUGCCCGAGUAAUCAAGAUACAACAGAAUGCUGAGAAAGUCAGAGUGGAAUAUCAAACCCCGGCAAAGACCUUGUCAAAUGUGACAGCUGAUUAUGUCAUUGUGUGCUCCACGUCAAGGGCCACCCGUCGCAUCAAUUUUGAACCACCCCUUCCACCAAAAAAAGCACACGCUUUGCGGUCUACCCACUACAGAAGUGGCACCAAGAUCUUCCUCACUUGCACUAAGAAGUUUUGGGAGGCUGAUGGCAUUCAUGGUGGGAAGUCCACAACUGAUCUUCCAUCCCGAUUCAUCUACUACCCUAACCAUAACUUUACUAGUGGUGUUGGGGUUCUUGUGGCCUAUGUCCUUGCUGAUGAUGCCGAUUUCUUUCAAGCUCUUGAUAUCAAGAGCGCUGCUGAUAUUGUCAUUAAUGACCUUUCAUUCAUCCAUCAGCUGCCCAAGAAAGAGAUCCAAGCCCUCUGUUACCCCUCAGUGAUUAAAAAAUGGAGCCUGGAUAAGUAUGCUAUGGGUUCUAUAACCUCCUUCACUCCCUACCAGUUUCAAGAGUUUAGUGAACCACUCGCUCAACCUGUAGGCAGAAUCUACUUUGCAGGGGAGCACACUACCAAAGUUCAUGGUUGGUUGGACAGCACAAUUAAGUCAGGGCUGACAGCAGCAAGAGAUGUGAAUCGUGCUUCUGAGAAGCCAUCAAAAAUCCGCCUGAUCAGUGACAAUCAACUUUAAGAAGGAGGUCAACAAAAGGAGAAUUAUAAACAGAGAACUACAAUCACUUUCCCCAUUCUGGCAACUUCCAGAUGUUUCAGACUAAAAUUUCCAGAAUACUAACUGGGAAUUCU